UAUUCUUUUCCUUUCCGAGGAGGAAAAAGAAAGAAAAAAAAAAGAACAAAUCUUUUGGACUUCCAACACUCAAUCUUUCGUCUCCCUCCUUACAAUAAUUUCUUCAUCUUCUUCUACCCAAAAUACCUUUUCUUGUUUCCAAAUAUAUCUCUCUCUAAAGUGCUCAGAGAAAUGUUUGCUUACAACUGCAUGUAAGAACACCUUCAAAUUGCAGUGAAAGGGUUUAAAAUAUGCAGCAAUUGUGGGAAGUAAAGGAAACCAAGAAGAACGAGAGAAACAUUAAAGGAAGAGAUCUUGUAGAUGUUGUCUUUUUAUGGUCUGUUCCUGAUGUCCUAAACUCUAAUCUUUACAAAGAAAAGGUGAAUAAGAUCCCUAAAACAUUCUCAUCAACAAAAGAGUAUCUAAACUCAUUUGUUAAUCCGCUUAUAGAAGAGACACAUGCUGCUUUGUUGUCAAGUAUGGAGACUCUGAGACGAGCACCAGCUUUCAAGUUCUGGGACAUCAAGCCAUCUAAAGAUUUUAAACCUCCCAAGAAUCUUUAUUAUGAGGUUACUUUGCAGACAAUGUCUGAUAGUAUAACCAAUGGAGAUCGAAAACUGUUGGAGUUUAAUGAUCUCAUUGCAGUGACUGAUAAGAAACCUACUCGAAUUGAUGACUUGAGAUGUUCCAAUGAGCCUUACUUGCUUGCUCUUGUUGUUGGAGUGAACGAAGAUAAUCCACAUUUGGUAACUAUCUUGGCCUCAAAACCCAUUGUGUUCGAGGAAGAUAUCAUUGAAACGACAAAGAAAGGAAAGGGUGUGAAGAAAAGUCAAAGCCAAAGCCUCUUUGGUGUUUAUUUGAUCAACAUGAUGACAAAUAUUCGUAUUUGGACUGCGUUGCAUCCAGAUCCAGAAGGAGGGAACUUAAAGCUUAUAUCAAGAGUUCUUCAAAGCAACAAUGAGGUUGGUGGUGAAAGUUGUGCUUCUUGCCAAGAAAACAGUGAGAGUGUUGUGUCACAACACGUAGAGAAAAUGCUACGUUCAUUCAAACUGAAUUCAUCUCAAGAGGGUGCGAUUUUAAGCUGUCUAGAAGCCAAAAGCUGCAACAAUUGCAACAAUAUCAAACUUAUAUGGGGACCUCCGGGCACGGGGAAGACGAAAACAACGAGUGUUCUGCUUUUGAAUAUUUUGAAAGUGAGAUGUAGGACACUGACUUGCGCUCCAACUAACAUAGCUGUUCUUGAACUUGCUUCAAGGGUUGUGAAUUUAGUCUCCGAGUCAUUGAGGUUUGGUGGGUAUGGUCUUGGAGAUAUUGUGUUGUUUGGCAAUCAAGAAAGGAUGAAGAUUCAAGAACGGGAGGAUCUUUUUGAUGUUUUUCUUGAUUACAGAGUUGAUAAGCUCUAUAAUUGCUUUCAGGCUGUUACUGGAUGGAGAGCAAAUGUAAACCAUAUGAUCUCUUUCCUCAGUGAUCCGAAACAAGUGUAUCACCAGUCCUUGAUCAAGAACAGUCUCUCGUUUAAGCAGUUUGUAGAAGAGAGGUUUAGAAAACUCAGGAUGGACCUGCAUUAUCAGUUCUCAACUCUGUUUCUGCAUUUACCGACAGCUUUGCUUUCCUUUGGAGUAGCGGAGAAGAUAAAUCGGACUAAUGAUCUCCUUAGAGUUAUGACGUUUUCAGAUGUGGUGUCAAAUCAUAAGUCCUUACAUGGAAGAUUGAAAUAUAUCGUUCGAGAUUCUGGGAAAGAAAAUGGAAGAUUGGAGAAUGAUUCAAGAAAGCAAGAAUGUCUAAAGAUGUUAAUAUCGAUUUGUAGGAGUAUCGAUCUUCCGGAUUUUAUAGGGAAGUUUGCACUUAAAAAACUGUGCUUAGCAAACGCAUAUCUGAUUUUCUGUACAGCAUCGAGCUCUGCGAAGUUACAUACGAGUAGUCCAAUACAACUUCUUGUGAUCGAUGAAGCUGCUCAGUUAAAAGAAUGCGAGUCAGCGAUUCCUUUGCAGCUUUCAGGACUUCAACACGCGGUUUUGAUCGGCGAUGAGAAGCAGUUACCUGCAAUGAUCCAAAGCAAGAUUGCUUCAGAGGCUGAUCUUGGGAGGAGUUUGUUUGAAAGAUUAGUGUUGUUAGGGCACAAGAAACAGUUGUUGAACAUGCAAUACCGUAUGCAUCCUUCGAUUAGUAUUUUUCCAAACAGAGAGUUUUACGGUAUGAAGAUUUUGGAUGCUCCUUCUGUUAGACUGAGAAGUUAUGAGAGAAAGUUUCUUCCUGAGAAAAUGUAUGGACCUUACUCUUUCAUCAACAUACCUUAUGGAAGAGAACAGUUUGGACAAGGAUACAGUUCAAAAAACGUUGUUGAGGUCUCCGUUGUGGCUGAGAUAGUCUCAAAGCUUCACGCAGUAUCAAGAAAGGCGCAAAAACCGAUCAGCAUUGGUGUGAUUUCACCUUACAAGGCUCAAGUGUUUGCAAUCCAAGAAAAGUUAGGUGAAAAGUAUAAUACCAAUGAGCAAAUCACAGUGAGUGUUAGGUCUGUAGAUGGGUUUCAAGGAGGUGAAGAAGAUAUUAUAAUAAUCUCAACUGUUAGGUCUAAUGGUAGAGGAGCAAUUGGUUUUUUAUCUAACCAACAAAGAACCAAUGUCGCACUCACGCGUGCGAGAUACUGCUUAUGGAUUCUUGGAAACGAAGCGACUUUAACGAACAAUAAAUCAGUAUGGAGACAGUUAGUUGAUGAUGCAAAAGCACGAGACUGUUUCCAUGAUGCAGAAGAAGACGAAUCAUUAGCUAAGUGUAUUGAAAGAUCAACAACAGCACUUGAUGAUCUUGAUAAGCUUCAGAACAAGAAGCUUAUUUCAUUUGAAAAUUCGAUAUGGAAGGUUUGGCUUAGCGAUGAGUUCUUGAAAUCUCUGGAAAGGAUCAUAGACUCUGAAAUGAACAAAAGAAUUAUGAGCUAUUUGGAGGUGUUAUCAAAUGGGGAGCUUCACCAAGAGUCGGAGACUGAGAGUGAUAAUCUGUUUAGACAACAUGAGAUACAUAAUGGCCUAAGCCUCAUAUGGGCAAUAGACAUUAUCAAGAAAGAGAAUCACCAUGUCCAAAUUUUGAAGAUCUGGCACGUUUUGCAAUCUUCUGAGGUUUCUCGUGCUGAAAAAUGUCUAGAGAAACAUUACAAGAGAUACACGAAAGUCAAGAUCGAACGGUGCAGAUACAUAUCUUCUCAAGGAAAUUUGGUUGUACCGAUGAGAUGGCCGGUUAAGUCUUGCUCCAAGAAUGACAUUAUAACCGACGUAUCAAGAUCGUUUGCUUUGUUGAAUGUUGUGGAAGAAUUUGAGUCUCCCAGACCAAUAAAGAAAAAGUCGAAGCUGAACAAGGUGUGGAAGAUUAGAAGAAAGGUUCAACUUCAGAGAUCUUAAAUGGAUUUCGACUGUUUCUUCUUAAAAGUAUUUGCGGAGUUUGAAGCAGAAUUUUUAUUUUCCCUUUUCUUUCUUUUAAAACAAACUUUGUCUGCUUCUUUUGUGUCUUGUUGAAUUAAGCAAAUCUAAAACUUCUCUAUGAUCCUUAUCAGUUUGUGUAGAGAAAAAUGGGUCAUAUAAAUGAAAGUUUUCUUAUCUUACGUAGUACAAAUAGUUGAAUGAAGUUAAGUAGAGUAUUAUCACAUAGGGGAUUCAAACGCAGAAUUUGUUAAUUUUGUAAAGUUGUUUGAUUUUAAAACUCGAG